CUCAAAAAAUGGCGACUAGGUCCAUUGGGAUAUAUUUUCGUAACUUAUCACCUUUCUUCUAGACUCUUCCCCAGUCUUCACAUCAGUCAACUUAUUUGAUCUCAUGAAUCUUCGGUUUGUUUCAUCGGGAAUUAAUUGACCAACCCAAGUUCCAACUGAGCUUGUUCACUGCCGGCUGCCUGAGUCUGGGCAGAUUUGUCAAGCAACUUUAUCUCAUGGCUGGUCCGUUUGCGUCAAGCACGGCCUCCAAGGAGAGUUUCAAGGAAGUGCACAUCACGGAUACUCCAAUGACCAAAUACAACUGGUAUAAGCACAUCAACUGGCUCAAUGUCACUCUCAUCAUCGGCGUUCCUACCUAUGGCUGCGUGCAAGCAUUCUGGGUUCCUCUUCAGCUCAAAACUGCCAUCUGGGCUAUCCUCUACUACUUCGCCACCGGGCUAGGUGUCACAGCUGGUUACCACAGAUUAUGGGCACAUACAUCAUACUCGGCCACGCUCCCCCUUCGAAUUUUCCUUGCGGGACUGGGUGGUGGUGCGGUCGAAGGCUCAAUCCGAUGGUGGGCAAGGGACCACCGAGCGCAUCACCGAUAUACCGAUACUGACAAGGACCCAUACUCUGUUCAGAAAGGUCUCCUAUACUCUCACUUUGGUUGGAUGAUUAUGAAACAAAGCCCGAAGAGAAUUGGACGCACCGAUAUUUCUGAUCUCAACGAGGAUCUAGUCGUCAUUCUGGCAGCGUAAGCACUACCUCCAGGUCGUUCUUUUCAUGGGACUUAUAGCACCCAUGCUCGUUGCGGGUCUCGGUUGGGGUGAUUGGCUCGGUGGAUUUAUCUACGCCGGCAUUCUCCGGAUCUUCUUCCUUCAACAGGCUACAUUCUGUGUCAAUUCGUUGGCCCAUUAUGUAGGGGAUCAGCCAUUCGACGAUCGUAAAUCUCCGCGAGACCAUAUCAUUACCGCUCUUAUUACCUUCGGCGAGGGCUACCAUAACUUUCACCACGAGUUCCCUUCUGAUUAUCGCAGUGCCAUUGAAUGGUACCAAUACGACCCGACCAAGUGGUCUAUAUGGUGUUGGAAGUACCUUGGGCUCGCCUCCGACCUGAAGCAAUUUCGAAGGAAUGAAAUCGAGAAGGGUCGUUACCAGCAGCUUAGCAGCUCGACGACUGUAUCAAAUUCAACCCCUGGGAUACGGACAGGUUUUCAAAGGCCAUCCACCAGGCCGUCACGAUGGACGAAGAGGAAAAACGUCAGAGGUUCAACCAGUUGCAUUCGUUUGUUAUGAGAAACACAAGGUGACAAAAUCUCACCCAAAAAUUUGAGACAUCUGUUACGAGCCGAGAUGGCACGGGGUUGCCAGCACAGAGAACGGCUGCGAGAAAGGCACCCAGGCCGACAGGACUAAGUCACGUGAUGAAAGGUGGCUCUGUUGAUCAGUGCGGUCUGUGGACAGAGCAACAUAGCCAGCAGAGCGCUGUGCUCAUUGGUUAGUAAGAAGUCUAUAUAGUCACGCUCCCUCCUCAUGGUAGAUAGGACCUCCGUGGUCAACCUAAGUCUAUAGUCGGACCCUAUGGUUCUUAAAUGCUACCGUUGCUAUAGACACCACUGUGCCCCAGCUAGGGAACCUACGUGAAUGCGCGGACGCCCCAGGGCGUCGGUCCGAUUCAUAACAACAUCUUACUAACUGUAUGUCGCUGUAGUCAACGAUGGGGACAGACGUUCCUUGAUGCACUGAAAAACACAGGGAGAAAACAUAUUUAACGGACGUAGCAUCGAAAAUGUUGCCAAAAGCAUGUCUUGGCUUGGACAAGUGCAAGAGGGCCUACUGGUCAAGUUCGCACAAUGAUAAGGUGUUAUCUAUGAGACGAUGACUAGGGACAAAUACAGCAG